AUGGGCAGCCCCCGUGAGAUGUACCAGCGGUAUCAGGAUGCAAUGGCACUGGUGCAAAAGUAUGGGAAGCCUGAUUUUUUCAUUACAAUGACUUGCAACCCACUUUGGGAUGAAAUCGUGUCCAACCUGGGGUCGGGUCAAUGUGAAGUUGAUAGACCGGAUCUGACUACAAGGGUGUUCCGCGCAAAUCUUGAAGAGUUAAAGGUAGAUCUUUUUACCAAGUCAAUAUUUGGCAGAGUAGCUUCCCAUGUGCAUGUUGUUGAGUUUCAAAAAAGAGGCCUUCCUCAUGUUCAUAUGUUAAUUAUAUUGAGGGACGAAGACAAAUUUCAAGGUCCUGAUGAUUAUGACAAGAUAGUGAGAGCGGAAAUACCUAACCCUGAGGAAGAGCCAGAACUACACGAGUGUGUGAAAAAGUGGACGAUUCAUGGUCCAUGUGGUAGUAAGUGCACGAGGGAUAAUAAAUGUAAGAGAAACUUUUCAAAAGAGUUUUCUGAGUGUACUGUGCAAGGAAAAGAUGCGUACCCUGUUUACAGGAGACGUAAUGAUGGACGACGCGUACGCAAGAGUGAGAGUUUUGAAGUAGAUAAUAGGAUGCCAGUAGACCAUGACGAGAUAACAAGGUAUAAAAGUGCAAGAUGGGUUUGUGCACAAGAGGAAAUGUGGAAUAUCUUUAGCUUUCCUCUUUACAAGGUUUAUCCUUCGGUAGUGAGAUUACAGAUACACCUUCCCAAUCAACAAAGCGUUAGGUACUAUGAUUACCAAACGUUAGAUGAAAUUUUAUCCGAUGAGAGGAAUUUGAGAACAACUUUGACAGAGUUCUUUGUGACAAAUGCUCACGAUCCUCGAGUGAGAAAGUUGUUAUACCGUGAAUUUCCUGAAUGCUACUGUUGGGAUACAAAAACAAAAGAGUGGAGAAGAAGAAGAAGUACAAAGAAGGCGAUCGGGAGGGUUUAUACAGUACCUUCAUGUGCAGGAGAGAGAUGCCAGACAUUCAAUAGAGCUGCCGAAAAACUGAGACUCUUAGAGAAUGAUCAGAGUGCGAGAGCAUCUUUGGCUGAAGCAGCAACAAUCAAGAUGUCGUCUGCUCUGAGAAGACAAUUCGCUUCUAUCUUGAAAUUUUUCAAUCCAUCGGGCGUGAGAGAAUUAUGGGAUGAACUUUUCAACAACAUGGUCGAGGAUUACUCGAGUUCAAGCAAUACAAGAUCGACAUUCUUAUCAGAUCGUCUUCUUCGUGAAUUGAAUUUGAUACUUAAGAAGCACGAUAAAGAUAUAUCGAUGUAUGAUCUACCGCCGAUUGUUGGCACAUUGGAUGAGGAAGUUGAGAUUUCAAGUCUGAUUCAAGAGGAGUUAUCGAUUCCUGUAUCCGACGAAGACCUGUUUUCUGUCCAAAAGUUGAAUGAAGACCAAUCUAGGGCCUAUGAUACAAUCAUUGGAGCAAUUGAGAGAAAGAAAAAUGGUGGUAUUGCGUUAGGAACAGCCACGUCGGGCAUUGCUGCUACUAUGCUACCUGGUGGGAGGACGGCAAACUCAAGGUUUCAACUUCCGAUGACACCGACAUCAACUUCAAUGUGUCGUACGAAGAAACAAACUGAGGAAGCUAAACUUUUGAGGCAUGCUACCGUCCUUAUGUGGGAUGAAGCUACAAUGGCGCAUCACUAUUCUCUGGAAGCAUUUGAUUGGACUAUGAGAGAUAUCACAGGGAUUGCUGAACCAUUUGGUGGAAAGAUUCUAAUCAUGGGAGGUGAUUUCCGUCAGGUACUACCAGUGAUUCGAAGGAGUACAAGGGGACAGACAGUCGAUGCAUGUCCUAGCAGGUCAUAUUUGUGGGAAAAUGUACAUGUUUUGCAUCUGAAGAAGAAUAUGCGUGCAGCCGAGGAUGCAUCUUAUUCUAAGUUCUUGAUUCGUGUUGGAGACGGGGAUGAACCUUGCGUUGCUAAUGAGAUGAUAAAGGUUCCGGAAGAGAUGGUCAUACCAUGGGUUAGUGAUGCUUCUUUAUCUCAGCUUAUAGAUGUACUACAUCGACAUAUAAACUACAUGGUCAAUAGGGCAUUGAUCACACCAUUAAACGAGUACGUCGAGAAGCUUAAUGACCGAGUACUUGGCAUUGUUCCUGGAAAAUAG